GCAUCGAUCGCGUCGUCAACCGGUACGAGCGAACACGUGUAAUUCAUAGCCAAAUCAUACUACACACGUUAGUUUCCUCAGUGAAUCCGGUGAUUCUGCAUUCUUCCUUGUUCUUACCUUCAAACUAUACCAAGAUCUGUCGUUUUUAAAAAUGCAUUUCAAAUUAUUCCUGAUAAUGAUAACGUAUCUGUUAAAGAAUUAAGUAGAAUUUUCUCGGCGGCUUUUUCGCGUACGUCUAAAAAGCAAAUGACAAAGCAAAAUACCUUGCAAUCGUUAAUGCAUUAAAUGUAAUUAGAAAUUCAUUCGAUUAAUUAAGCCAAUACUAAUAACGUUAAUACGUGUAACUCGGUGAUUCACAUGUUCGUAUCUUUAUCGCAUUUAGUUGUCUUUAUUUUAAAUCGUUUCACGUACUUUUACACGUGCGAACAUUGUAAAGUACUUGCUUUACAUCGAGCAUUACGCAGGUGCGCACGUGCCUUCUGAGGUCAAGGUGCAACACACCGACCUGGCUGGUAUUAAUAGACGUCUGUAACAAGUGAAAGUCUUCUUGGUCCUUCGUUUAUAAAUAAUUCCCUGAUCGCAAAGUGAGACGAUGUUUCCGCGCCAAUGACAGACCUGGUAUUAAAUUAUUCCUCAUUAAUCUUAUAACGAGACGAGGAUGUGAUUUUUAAGCCUAGCGGCUAAGGCUAUUACUUUUUAUUUAAGCAUAUUUUAUCAUACUUUUCGUCUCUUACGGUGCUGCAACUUGAAAAUUGAAUAUGUUGUCGCUCAGUUUUAUGCAAUCGAAACUGUUUUUACUAAUAAUAGCUUUUUAAAAUUUAUACUGAUAAACUACUGAAAACAUUUUGUACAAUGCAACUCAAGCAUACUUAUCGCAGAUGAAUCAUAAUUCAAACAUUAGUACUAUUGUAUUGUAACUUUUUAACAAAUCUGUCAUACGAGUCACAUGGAUCAGUCAUCGAUGAAAAAGAGUACUUUCGCGGAACAAAGUGCAUCAUCGAUGCGUAUGUGGGUCAUCGAUCGUUCUCCGUUCGUUAAAUUACGCAGAUGACUAGUAAUCUUUCAUUAUAAAAUGGCUCCGACUGUUUACUUGUCGGAACUACCAGUUGUAAGAACAUCGACAAUUCCAUGCUCGCGACGAAGACAAAGGGUACGUAACGGGGCUGUAGCAAAGCAGCAGAGACUAGAAUUCAGACGAUUGGAAACGAACGAGCCUUCUCGUGACGAUACAUCUUUAACGCCACCGGAAAGUCCUCUAUGGGAUCCAGAGAGUCCCAGUGUCUCUUGUGCCCCGAUCAUUGUCGCUUCUUCCUCUGCGAACGUUUCGGCUAGAGUUCCAGCGGAUAUAAAGGAACAUUGGAAGGUGUUCCUAGCGAGACGGAAAGGUCUUUUAGAUAUCGUUGUACGUACGAUGGCUUUGAUUCGACGAAACAACAUCCUUCAAGAAAGAGUGAAUGCUUUGCGUGCAGAGACUCGAGAUUUCAUUCAUUCGGUGUUGAAUAAUCCCGAAAACAAAUGCAUACAACAGAGAUUGGACGCGAUAGACUGCAAGGAAGCGGAUGUGUCCUCGUCGACAGAGGAAACCAUAGCAAGACCGUCCCUUCCGCCUACGCCGGACUCGACGAAUUCUUCGUCGAAUGAUAUCACAUCGACCUGUGAUGGCAGCGAAAGCACUUCUGAACGAUUCUCCAACGACGAAUCAUAAUAUUUGAGAAUCGUGCGCAAACGAAAGAUAAAAGUUCGAAGCGAAACCAAACGGAAUGAGAUGUUGAUCGGUUACUUGAUUUGAGUAGCCUGAGUCGCUUUGUCGGUACACAUAAUAUAGCAAUCGAACGAUUAAUACGAUCGCUUCUUGAUCGAACAAGAUGAGAAAUGAAGGUUUUACUGAUGAUGAUACGAAUUAAGUUGAAUCGAUGAAUUUCUUAAAGUUUGUUUUUUUAAUCGGUUUGCAUAUAAGAUGAUCGAUAUCUAAUUUAUAUUGAAUUUAUGUUAUCUUUGUAUUUUAGACAUGUUAAGCAUUUAAAGAUUGAUCCACACGAGGAUUAUAAUUUUCAUUCAUUUUAUCUUAUACAUUUCAAUUAUCAAAAAUUCUAUCGACCGAUAAAGACUACCUAUAUUGUAGAUUAGAAUUCAAAAAGUAAAACUUAAAAAUACAAAUGAUUCAUUAACGAAGGAGAGAUUACAUAAAAUUGUACGUAAUGUAUAUAAUAACGAACUCAAAAGAAAUCGUUCUGUUAAACAAAGAUCGAGUUCUCCAAGAUUAUUUUUUUUCUUUUUUCUUUUUCUUUUUUUUUCUCCUUCAAAAAAUUACAUUUCUAAUUCGUAAACUCUCAUUUCUCGUUUUACGAAGUAGUCGUAGAAAAAUCUACAUUAUCAAUGAAAGAUACGCAGUUCCUUAUUAUCGACCGUUCUUUUACCUCUUAUUAGUUGCACUUUAAGAAAAAGACGAUUUAAUUAUUCGACACAAGGUAAAAUACAAAAAAUGCAAUAUUUUCAAUAUUAAGAAAAAAGAAAAAAUCUCAGCCACACUUUUGAUACAAAAGUUAGUUAAAAAAAUUUACAUGUCGACGAAGUAACUCAGAGAAAUCGUGAAAUGAUAUAAUGUUACAAAAUCGAUGUAACAUGUAACGUAGAAUUAUUACAAUUACUUGAUAUACAUGAUUAGAUACUUACUAACAUUUUCAAUGCUACAUUCGAAAAAGGGCGUUGCGGUAUAUAAGUAAAAUUGCAGGACUACUUCACGUUUUAAUUUUAGUAUUCAAGUUUUAUGCGUAAAGCUUUUCUAGACAAACUUGCGUUAGAACUAGAAUAAAUUAGAAUUAAAGAAAUGAGAAAAGCAAAUGAAAAUGCCCUGCAAAUUUGGUGGCUGUGAAAUUUGUAUUCGCGUCUGUAAUUCUGCCUUUUUCUCUCGUUUUCCUGUGCAACAAUUUCGCGAUUAAUUAAAUUAGAAAUUGCUCGUCUUUCUCGAACAAAAUCGCGGCAUUGUCUCAAAAAGAUCGUGCGACCGUUAACGGAAAUGUCCACAUUCAAUCGACGAAUAUACUUUUAAGAAAUCUACGAUCGUAUCGUAUAGAAUUAAGUGAUAAAAGAUUUUUAAUCUAGACAGUGCAGAUUUUCUAAACUCGUUUCAUAUCACACUAAAUUUGUUUCAUUGGUCGACCUAUGUUCCACUUACAUACUUACAUACUUAAUUGAUACUGCGCCAAAAAGGUGUUUGCAGAUUAAGUGUAUCGUAAGAUAAACGCCCACUUUUUACUCAUUUCAACUACUAUCAUACGAACAAUGUCGUUGUUCGAAAUGUAAAAACUUAUUGCGAUAAAUAUUAAUUUAAAAAAAAUAAUCAAAAAAUAUUCACAGUAUUUCUAAGAAGAGAAAUAUUUCUUCUUUUAAACUUCGUUUAUGUUGAUAAUAUAACAAGCACAAGUUAGAAACAUAUAAUAUACAUUGAUCUGCUUGAUGUUAAAUACCUGUAAUCUUUUCCCCAUGCAAAAAAAAUUAGCAGUGUCAAUACGCAUAGUAUCCAUUAACGUACCUUCUUAAGAGAGGUUUGUCUAAUAGUUUUCAAGUAACGUACCUCUUCGUUUAUCGAUUAUAUACAUGUAUAUAUACAUAUAUAUGCAUAUGUUAUAUGUACAUAUAUUUUGACAUAUUUCAUAAGAGUCGAACUUAAAAGCAAUGUUAAUUGUACUGAUUCGUUAAAAUCAAGUUGUGAUCGUCUACUAAUCAUAGUAUUUUGAAAAUGUGGUUCAUGUGAAAUCUCAUACCAAGUCCUUCCGACUUGGGUUUCUUGUUUUAGCGUCCAUAUUAUCAUGAGCAUUUUUCUGGCAUCAUAUUUUUCGAAAGGGGGGAGAGAUUUACUUAUAAUUCUUCUACGGAAAUCUACUAAUUAGUCAUAAUAAUUUCAAUUCAGGCUCUUCUCAUCUUCACCUUCAAUAACUUUAAAUUUUCACACUGUCAGACUGCAUAUAUCACGAAGAAUCCGAUUUAAUUGUUCUUCCAACGGUAUAUAAACAGAAACGAACAAAAAAAUCGCGAUUUUCCCAAAGUACGAAAAAUUACAUUUACGCGAAAGACGUUUACUAAUUGAAAUAAAGGUAAACCUUUAACGUAGAAUCAUGCGGAAAGCUAUAUGUACUAAUAACAAACUUGUACAUUUAUUUCGAAAUUAGUACAUUUUUUAAAAGAAAUAUUUUCUAGCUUAAUUGAAAUGAUCGAAUCAGAAAUUAUUCGAAGACCGAAUUAGGGUUACAACUCACGUUUUCGCUCGGUACAUUGCACCGUAUGCAUUAACACGUAUCUCGCAAUGUUUCCAACUUUUAACCUAUAUAGAUUGUCUCCUUGUAUGGGAUCGAUGAAAAUCUAACGCUAAAAAAUGAUAAAAUGAUGCAACAUAUCGUAUCGAUGAAACGAAAGUCCCUAUAAGAUGUGUAUCAGUAUUGAAAAUAAUACGCAAAACGAAAAAAUGGAAACAAGUUUUAACACCGAUGAUUCAAUGACAGAUCCAAUCGACAAAAAAGUGACACAAUUAUCAACUUUUUUGCAUUUCAAUAUUAGAUUGCAUUUCGAUUAGAACAUUCGUGAAAAGAAAGAAGAUCUUAUCCGAAUAGUCUAGCAGUUUUCAUUUAAACCGAAUAUCGACCACCGUUUAAACGUAUCUAUUAAAUCACAAAAAUCGUGCCUAAAAAGUAUAGGAAUCACGUAUGCUGUUCUCCAGUUGCUAAAGCAAUAUACCUAGUUGUAAUUUAUUCUGCUUAAGCUUUAUUCUAAUUGUUACAUACGAAUUAGGUCGUGUCGCGUUUUUUGCGAAAACGUUCAAUAUAAUUGUAUAUCUUUAUAAAGGUAAAUUAUAAUACGAUAGAGAAUAGUGUAGAUUAUAAAUUAUGUGCUCAACAAUAGUAAUUUGAUGAUUAUCAACAGAGGCGUAGCAUUAGACAGUACUAGGUCAAUCAGUAAGAAAUUGCUCAUUGUUUUAACUUUAAAUUUCGUAAAUGCGACCAACCACUCAAAUGAAAAAGCAAUUCCUUGAAUAUCAAACGUAAAAUAUAUACAUAUGUAUACGGUAUAUCCUGUUUAACUGGAAACGCUCAAAUAUUUGAAAAAUAUGAGUGAUACGAAAAAAUGUUUCAGACUGAAGUUGUAUGGUAUCGAGAGUAAGAUAUUGUGCUUUUAUCUAUUCGACCUUGAAACAUCCUGUAAAAGUGAUAUUAAAAUUUUUAGAUGGA